AUGCCGCGCAGACCAGCCGCAGCCUCGGACGACGAAGGUACCAGUGCCGGGUCGUCCUCGUCGCAUAAGGAGAACCGCAGCGCGAAUGGCGUUAAUGGCGUUAAUGGUGUGAAAGCCGAGAAGGUGAAUGGGAAGGGGAAGGGGAAGAGGCGGGCUGCUACGCCUGAGGACGAAGACGAAGAAGGCGACGACCAGGGCGGCGAGGAGGAAGGAGAGGGUGACGAGGAGGAGGAAGAGGAAGAGGAGGAAGAGGAAGGGAGUCCGAAAGGGCGGAAGAGGGCACGGGUGAGUGAGGAGGGCGAUGGGGAGGCGAGGCAGCCGAAGAGGGAGAGGGUGAAGAUACAGAAGGAGAAGGUGCUCGAGAGGGAUCCGAAGGACGGCUACGUUGCCGGCUCCAUCGUCCGCGUCAAACUGCACAACUUCGUGACCUACGACGAUGUCGAGUUCAAGCCCGGUCCCCACCUCAACAUGAUCAUUGGUCCCAACGGCACCGGCAAGAGCAGCAUCGCCUGCGCAAUUGCUUUAGGCUUGAACUUUCCGCCUAGUGUCCUCGGCCGCGCGAACGAUAUCAACCUCUUCGUCAAACAAGGCACGGACGAAGGCUUCGUCGAGAUCGAGCUCAAAGGCAGGCGCGGGAAACAGAACCUCGUCAUCAGGAGAGGGCUCAAGUCGACGAGCAAGAGCUCGACGUAUAUGUUGAACGGCCAGAGCGCGACGGGCAGGGAGGUCACGAUGAGGAUGAACGAACUGAAUAUCCAGGUCGGCAAUCUUUGCUCGUUCCUUCCGCAGGACAAAGUCUCCGAGUUCGCGCAGAUGACGCCGGCGCAGCUGUUGAGAGAGACGCAGCGCGCGGCUGGAGACGAGAGGUUGAGCGCUUGGCACGAGACGUUGAUCAAUGCCGGAAAGGAAGCGAAGGAGAUGCAGGAGCCGCUUUUCCGCUCUUUGUCCAAUCUCCUCGAUGCGGAUAGGGCACAGCUGAAGACGCUCGAGGAGAGGAACAGACAGCUCGAGAAUGAGGUGGAUAGGUUCCAUGAGAGGAAGAAGAUCGAGGACGAGAUCGCGAUCCUCGAGCUCCUCCUCCCCUUCGCGCUCUACAUGGAAGCCCGCACGCGCUACACGGAGGCGAAGAACCUGAAGCGUGAUUUGCAUGCGAAGGCGCAGGCGCUGGAGAGGAGGAAUGGGCCGAUGUUGAGGUUGAAGGCCUCGAUGGAAGCAGAGUCGAAGGAACUCCAAGCGCAGCGAGAGAAGAAGAAGGGCGCGACGAAGACGAAGUUCAAGGCGCUCGAGAAGAAGUUGGGGGAUAAUGAGCAUCUGUCCCAACAAGCCGAAUCCAUCGCGGAUAAGCUGCAGAACCUGAAGAAGAACGAGAAGGAGCGGAAGGAGAAGAUCAGGAAGGGUUUAAGGGAUAUUGAGAGGUUGCAGGAGAUGUUGGAUAAUCCGCCUGAGAUGGAGAAUGUGGAUGAUAUUAUGGCUGAUAUUACCGAGGUGAACCACAAGAACCAAGAAGUGAACAGGAAGAACUCGGACCUGCAGGAGAGGCAGAGGGCGGUGGUCGACAGGUUUGCGGCGGUUAGGGCGGAUAGGAGCAGUGCUGAGCAGACCCUGAAAAACCUGAACGACGAAGCCGCCCGCCGCCUGCUCGAGCUCUCCAAAUUCGAUAAAGACUGCGCGGACACCAUCUUCUGGCUCAGGAGCAACCGACACCUGUUCCGGAUGGAGAUCUUCGAGCCCGCGAUCGUGAGCUUGACGGUGCCGGAUAGGAGGUACGCGAGUGCGGUCGAGGCGUGUUUUAGUGCGGCGCAGUUGAGGACCUUCGUGUGCCAGUGCGACGACGACUACAGGCUGUUGAAUAAGCUCAUUACGGACUCGACGGAGGCGUUAGGGAGGAAAGCGAGGAUCACGACGUGGUUCAAGUCUGGCGACGGGGAGGGCGCGCCGGCGCCUUUGCCGCGUGAGCAGCUCGCCAAAUACGGCUUCGAUGGCUAUGCGGUCGAGUAUGUCAAGUGUCCCGACGGGCUGUAUAAGUUCUUAAGCAGGGACGUGCAGUUACACCGGACGCCCAUCGCCCUGAACCCGAUCAAUCACCAACAAUACGAAGACAUCGUGUCCAUCAUCUCCAACACCGGCAGCGGCAACUUCAUCACGAAGAUGACGAUGAACAGGGUGAUGCGGUCCGCUUAUGGACAGCGGCUCGCGCAGACGGGAACGCAUGAUUUCAAUCCGGCGAGGAACUUCAUACAUACGCCUGUUGACGAUACGCUGAAGAGGGAAAGCCAGCAAAAGCUCAACGAGGCGGAGGAGAGGCUGAUCGGGAUACAGAAGGAGAUCGACGCGUUGGCUAUCGAGGAGAAGGACAUCCGCGACGAGUUCAAGGCGAUCAAGAAUGAGCGGGAUCAUCACGUCGCGAGGAGGGAGAAAGUGGUGAGGGAGAGGGCGAAGAUCCAGAAGACCGCAAUUUCGCUCGAAAACAAGAAGAAUCAGGUGAAGGCUUGGGAGGACGAGCCGCCCGUCGACGAAGAACGUGCGAAGCUGCAGAAGCAGUUGUUGGACAGUGCGAAGAAGAGGGCUGCCGCUGCGAAGCAGUACGCUGAACUCCUCCGUGGUGCUAUCAAGGACCAAGACGAGGCCACGAAGCUCGGGCUGAGGUUCUUGCAGGUGGAGAGUAAUAUCAAGGCUUUGCAGCAGCAUAUCGACGAGAAAGAUGGGGAGUAUCGCGAGGCGCUUGCUCAGUUCCAGAGAGCUCUCGCUGUGUACGAAAAGGCAAAGGAAGAAGGCAAGACCACCCUCGCCGAAUCCAAAGAAGCCAUCGCCGCCGCCGAGCCCCAACUCAGGGAGAAAUUCACAACCAUGGAAGAGUAUAAACGAAUACAGAGCGGGGAGGCGAUGCAGAGGACCUCGGAGCAGAUAUUGGCGGAGCUGGAGACGCUGAGGACGCAGUUGGAUUUGAUAUUGGGCACGAAUCCGGGCGUGGUGGAUCAGUAUGAGAGGAGAAAGGCCGAGAUCGCUUCGUUGACGAAGAAGAUCGAGGAGCGCGAGGCGAAGGCCGCCAAGAUCGAGAAGAAUAUCAAGACUGCUCGAGAUAAUUGGGAGCCUGCACUCGACGACCUCGUCCAUGAGAUCGGCAGCAAGUUCUCCGCCGCCUUCGAUCGUAUCGGCUGCGCGGGUGAAAUUCAGCUCCAUAAGCCCGAAGACUACGAUAAAUGGGCGAUCAACAUCUUCGUCAAGUUCCGUGAUCACGAGCAGCUACAGCAGUUGACUGCACAGAGGCAGUCUGGAGGGGAACGCUCAUUGACGACGAUCCUGUACCUCAUGAGCAUGACCGAACAGGCUCAUGCUCCCUUCUCUCUCGUCGACGAGAUCAACCAGGGUAUGGACCAGCGCGCCGAACGUACAGUCCAUAAUGAGCUCGUGAAGACGACCUGCCGUGCCGACAGCGGUCAAUACUUCCUCAUCACGCCCAAGCUCCUUCCCGACCUCAACUACCACAAGAUGAUGAAGGUCCUUUGUGUCAAUAACGGGGAGUGGUUGCCCGAGGAUAGGAGGGUCGGCAGUAUGAUGGGUAUGAUCGAGACCUACGUCCAGAUGAAGAGGGGUGGCGGAGGGGCCGCUAGUGCUUGA